AACCACACUUUACAUGCUCAAUUUGAAUUUUACCGAUUCGUGUUAAAGUCGGUGAAUCUAAUCCGAAAAUUGGUUCUCCUUAUCAGAACGGAUCAUGAAAAUAGUUUUGUGUUUUCUCCUACUUUGUGUGCAUUGUGGGGUCCUGUCACGAAGCUCGGACUAUAAACUUGGCAACACUUACGGGUACAGAAGCUCUAAUUCUAAAAAUGAUAUCUGGGAAGAUUCAAAACAAGAUGAUACAUGUUACAAGCGCGGUAUAUCGUUCCUAGACAAAAGUUUAGACGAUGAAAUUGAAGAGGAAAUUGCAGGUUUUAACAUGCAACGUAGUUGGAACGGACGGAAAGUGGUUUAUAAGAUCGACAACUUACCAAAGUGUACUGAUAUAAAAGAUGCCGCAACAGUAAAGAUGAUUAUUGACAAUGCUGCAGAGACGUGGAAUAAAGUUGAGGGGGCUAAUGUUAUGUUGGUGAAUAUUGAGGAUAUUAAAAAUAGCAACAAAGUUAAAGACAACCAAGACUUCGACAAUAACAGCGAAAAGAACAACAAUAACAGCAACGAAGAUGAGUUUAGUAACGACACCGAAGAAAUGGACGAAUUACAAUCUGCAGACUAUAACAUUAACGACUCUGAGUCAGACUUUCCAACUGACUACCAGGGUGUUGAUAUAAUAGUGAGCUUCGAGCCCUGCAACCACUUGAAACACCGGGAUAAGAACCCUAACGCAUUCCUGGAGGAGUAUGGGGAGGAUUGUGAGGGAGUUUACGCUCACGCUCAUUUCUUCGGUGAUAUUCAUUUUAACGAGUUGAUGACGUGGACAGAUAAGGUGUUAACUGAGAAAGAUCUGACUUUUAACGAUUACGUAAAGCCAAACUUGUACUCUAUUGCUUUACAUGAAUUUGGACAUAGUCUGGGACUCAGGCACACGCUCGUGAAACAGGAUGCGAUGUACUGGGAUUUUAGUGGUAUGAGAAAACAAGAGCUGCUGGAGCUCGGAGAAAACGAUAUCAAGGAACUUAAGAAUCUUUACAAGGUGAAAGAUAAGUGUCAAGACAAAGUGUCCAUUUGUUCCAGAAACCAAGAUCAGUACUGCAAUAACGUUGAACAAAGACCGCUUUGUGCAAAAACCUGCGGCGAUUGUGAUGAAUGUGGUACAGGCUUAGUAGACGACUAUAUGAAGUGCAGUGAGAGCAUCUGUAACGAUAUGAAUCAUCAAAUGAGACCGUUCUGUCGGAAAACUUGUAAACUUUGUGACCCCGGCUCUAUUACUGGUAAGUGCACUGGACUACCCGGUAAUAUCUCCCGGCUGAUUACAGAUGAGAAGUUUCCUAUUAUCCGGGGUACCCCUGUUAAAGUGCGGUGUGAGAAGGGCUACAAGAUAGACGGAGACGAGGUGAUUACUUGUAGGGACGGGGAGGUCUUUACUUGGGAGGAAGAGGAACCUGAAUGUGAACUGAUACAGAUCGAAGAAGAAGAGCAGUGUGUUGAUGUACGUGCGAAAAACUGCAAAAGGCUAAAGUCGAAACCAGAUAGAAUAAAGAAGAAAUGCAAGAAGUCCAUUUGGAAGAAGUCGUGUCCACAAACAUGUGGUGCUUGCAAAAUAGGCCCCGAAAAGAAAAAAAGAAAAGUGUAAAAGAAGACUUGAACGGAAACAUGGACGAAAAGUCCUCGUAUUAAAUUUAAAGUUAAAUGCCCCGGACUUGGUCAUGAAAUUAAAUGCAU